CAGUGCUGUCACAUCAGGAGCUGCUUCUGCAGACUGCUUUUCUGUGAUGACCGCGAAAAGUAAAGAGGCAACUUUUAAAAAGUGUCUCAUCACGAGCCAUAAUCACCACCCGCCUAGAUUUGUUUGUUUGUUUGUAAUAUUUUUUUAAUUUAUUGUCGCAAUGACCCGUGCAAAUUCCGCCUGCCUCCCCGUCGCCCUGUACCUCUUGCUCCUGACCUGCUGCAGCCCUGCCCGGGGAUAUUUUGCCGAGGAGCGCUGGAGCCCCGAGUCUCCUCUCCUCGCUCCUCGGGUCCUCGUCGCCCUCAUCUGCAGAAACUCCGAGCACUCUUUGCCGUAUUUCCUCGGUACUAUUGAGCGCCUCAACUACCCCAAGGACCGUAUGGCUCUGUGGGUAGCAACUGAUCACAAUGAGGACAACACCACAGCCAUUCUGCGUGACUGGCUUGUCAAGAUGCAGAACCUUUACCAUUAUGUGGAAUGGAGGCCAAAAGAGGAACCUGGGCGUUAUGCAGAUGAAGAUGGUCCGAAGCACUGGACAGACCUCCGUUAUGAACAUGUUAUGAAGCUUCGGCAAGUCGCACUAGAAUCAGCUCGUGAGAUGUGGGCGGACUACUUUAUGUUGGUGGACUGUGAUAACCUCCUCACCAAUCCCAAUGUGCUCUGGAAGCUCAUGAAAGAGAAUAAGACCAUUAUAGCUCCAAUGCUUGAAUCCCGUGCAGCCUAUUCAAACUUCUGGUGUGGAAUGACCUCGCAGGGUUACUAUAAGCGCACCCCUGCCUACAUACCCAUAAGGAAACAGGUGCGUAAGGGCUGUUUUGCCGUACCCAUGGUCCACUCCACAUUCCUGAUAGACCUCAGGAAAGAGGCAUCCAGGCAGCUGGCCUUUCACCCACCACACCCAGAUUACAGCUGGGCUUUUGAUGAUAUCAUCGUGCUUGCUUUCUCUGCUCGGAUGGCAGAUGUUCAAAUGUUUGUAUGUAACAAAGAGACCUAUGGCUACUUCCCUGUGCCCCUUCGAUCCCAUAAUACUUUGCAAGAUGAAGCUGACAGCUUCUUGCACUCCCUCCUGGAGGUUAAUGUGCGAAAUUCCCCAGUGACGCCUUCCAAAUACAUACGUGUUCCUACAAAGCAGCCUGACAAGCUGGGGUUUGAUGAGGUUUUCAUGAUAAACCUGCAGAGGCGGACUGACCGCCGAGAACGUAUGAUGAGGGCGUUGUACGAGCAGGAGAUCGAUUGUAAGGUCAUUGCAGCUGUAGAUGGAAAAGCAAUGAAUGUCAGUGAAAUUCAAGCCAUGGGCAUCCAUAUGCUCCCUGGAUACAGUGACCCCUAUCACGGCCGCCCACUGACAAAAGGAGAGUUGGGAUGCUUCCUUUCCCACUAUAAAAUCUGGAAAGAGAUUGUGGAGCGACGCCUACACACUUCUCUGGUGAUUGAAGAUGAUCUGCGCUUCGAGGUCUUCUUCAAACGUCGCUUGAUGAACUUGAUGAGUGAGGUGGAGGAUGUAGGACUGGACUGGGAUCUCAUUUAUAUCGGUCGGAAGAGAAUGCAAGUGGAUCACCGAGAGAAAGCAGUGCCUAAUAUACACAAUUUAGUAGAAGCAGACUAUUCGUAUUGGACACUAGGUUAUAUGAUAUCAUUACAAGGUGCUGAGAAGCUUUUGAAAGCAGAACCACUAAAGAGGAUUCUGCCAGUGGAUGAGUUUCUUCCUAUAAUGUACAAUAAACACCCUGUGUCUGAUUAUAUGGAACAGUUUGAAACGAGGGACCUGAAGGCUUUUUCUGCAGAGCCCCUUCUAGUGUAUCCCACACACUACACGGGCGACCCAGGCUAUGUCAGCGACACUGAGACCUCCACAGUGUGGGACAAUGACAAGGUCCGUACAGACUGGGACAGAGCGCGCUCAGGAAAAACACGGGAGCAGGCUGAGAUCAGCACUGAGGCCCAGAACUCAGAUGUGCUACAGUCCCCUUUGGACAGUACAGCACGGGACGAGCUAUGAGAGGAACCGAAUGAGAGCCUUUAAAAAAUUCAUGCAUAGGGAAAACAGCCUUAGUUUUUUAAUCAUGUUUCAUCUUUGAGUCUUUUGAUUUUGCAUCACAACAGGGAUGUGACAUCAGAGUUUGUAGAAAGAUUUAAUUUAUCCAGAUGUGACAGGUUAAGAAGGGAUCAGGUGCGUCUUAUGUUUUCCAUCAUGUUGUCUGUUUGUAGUUUUUACUUUAUAAAGGCACUAGACUUGCCAUUUGGAAUGGCAUUUGCAGUACCCAGCUUCUGUCUGUCAUACAGAAAUGAACCUAUGUAUUAGAGAAGAAUGCAGUUGGACAUGUCAGUCACUGGGUAGUGAACUUUGUCCUAAUUUGACAUUACACUGUGAAAUACAUUUUUUCAAUAAGUCUCUAAAGACUGCAAAUUAAUUAGGCAUUAACCAUACUGUGUGUCACUGAUCAAAAUCCAGACUUCACAGAAGUGUUCAUGUCUUAAAUCUAAAUUCAAUGGUCUCUGCUGUCAACAGUCCAAGAGGAGAAACAUCUGCAUGUGUUUUGUUUUGAUCUUUAAUAUUUUCUCUUUAUAUAUGUCAUAUUGCUGUGUUUUGAAUAAUCAUUAGCCAAAAACUUAAGAUGCUUGCAGCAGAUCUUUACCAAAGCAACAAAACACACUAGCAACACUUGCUGUCAGCUGAGAAUCAUAGAUUUACAGAACCACUGUAAAGUAUAUGACAACACAAGUCGUUAUUCCGUGUCCUUUGUCACCACUUUUGCACUUUUUCAAGACUAAUGCCACCUACCAGCCGCUAACAUGAUUAUAGGAGAGAAAAUCCACUGUACACACCUCAAGACUUGAUAAAAGGCCCCUACAAAAGAGAACAUGUAAAGUUUGGAUCAUUUUGCUUUUGCAAAUUUAUUCUGUCAUGGUUUUAGCCUUACUUCGAUGUUAGAUCUCCCAAGAAUUUCAUUUCUGUAAAGUAUUGAUGAGGGAUGUUCGGCCACUGAUUUUUACACAGAAAUGUUAGUGGUGCAUUGUGCCAACAAAAAAUAAAAAGUUUUAUUUAAAAAAAAAAAAAAAUUGAAUUUUUUACAACUGUGGUAAGAUGCACAUCACCACUGUGUUGUAAACAACUUUCUUUGUUCGUUGUGCUAGUUUAACUUACAACAGCUUAAUGCAGUAGCCAGUAACAAAAUAG